AUGCUUGCGCAAGAUGCCCUUCCUCCACGCUUUGAAGAUCUUGAACGAUGUCUCAUUCAGAUUGAAGCCGCGCUGACUCGUCGGGCUGCAGCAGAGCAGCCUCCUGACGUCAAUACCUCUGAAGAUGUCGCCGCCACGUCCACGAGCCCAGCCGUUACCCGCAUGCAACAAAGGCUUUCAGACGCCUUGGCACCCAGGCAACGGCCUCCAAUUCUUUUGACCGGUAUCAAUUCAGACCCUAUUCACACAGCAGACCCACCUCCGAGAGAACCACUUGCUUGCUCUUCGGAGCUUGAAUUGGACCCACAGCCAGGUAGCUCUGAGCCGCUUCUACAUAACCCGCCACAUCAAUCUACCACCGGAUCUUUGCAAAGAGAAACUCUCUCAACCCGAGUCAAAGAGGUGAUCUCUCAAAUCUUAGAUUGUGUCGAGCCCCGUGGCCGCAAUCCCCAUCCGGAUCCAUGGGUCAAUGCCCUGUCAAUGGAAUCGGGCUCUAUGCAAGUGAAUCCCAAGCCUGCUUCAUAUCACGCCGCCAAUAAUUCCCCCCGUCAUAUGUCCAUCACAACAAGCUCCAAGCCGACGUUCCUCAACCGGUUGGACAUGUUUUUUUUCAACUUCUUCACUCGCUCUAGAAGCAUUCCUGCGCCGAAACAACCCGGCAUUUUGGUCGGGCCAUCUUCUGGAAGGAUCUCGAAUGUCAUUGCAUCUUCCACCCCUAAUCCAUUGGGGGCUUCAGCCAAGGGAAAAGGGCGACCUAUCGCCAAAGUAACUGUGCCCCCAAAUAACCCAACCGAGAUUUACUCGGGCUCUUUGAAAGUUGAUCCCGACCCGGUUCCAUCAAUUCACUCCGUCCCAGUGUCUGCUGCGUCAUCCAGCCCAUCAUCCAUGCAGAUUGAAGAACCUGGGGAGUCAACCCUCAAUGACUCUGACGAAAUCACUUUCCUUGGGAUUAAUUUGUCCCCAGACAAACUCCCGCUCACACAUAAUAGAAGAUCCUGUUGUGCCGCGAGUCUCUCUCUGCAAUUGUCGCCAUUUGUGGAUUGUGUCUCAAUAAGCUCCUCCAGCAAAUCAAAGGAGCAUAACUUUAUUUUUGCAGAACAAACCGUGCCUUCAAUGAACCCACUCGUGAUUCAAUCGGGCUCUUUGAAAGAAGAUCCCGACCCGGUUCCAUCGAAUCACUCCAUCCCAGUGGCUGCUGCGUCAUCCGACCCAUCACCCAUGCAGAUCGAACAGCCUGGCGAGUCGGCCCUCAAGGAAUCCGAAAAAAUCACGUUCCUUGGGAUUAAUUUGCCCCCAGGCUCAUUCCCGCUCGCGCAUAAAACAAGAUCUCGUUGUUUCGCGAGUGUCCCUCCCCAAGCGUUGCCAUGUGCGAGUUCUUCCAAAAGGAGCUCCUCCAGCGAGGCAGGAGAGGGUAACUCUUAUAAACGCCUCAAGUUCUAA